AUGGAGAAGGUCGAAGCGCUCGUGGACCAUGCCAAACACUUGACUCUCCAUCAGCCACCUCGGGAGGCAUCACACAAUGUGGAUGUAUUCCACCCGUCGCUCGACAACCAUAUCGCAAGGAUUUACAAGUCGGUCGAUGCAUAUGCCCCGACGACAAACUACUUCCUCAACGAGAUUCAACAUGAUGAAGUGGUUGCAACCACGGCCAGGGAAACACCAGUCGAUGCUUUGGCAUCUGUUGAUGCCUUCCGCGCGUACAUGAAGGAAGCAACGUCUUGUGCCAUGGCGCCAGAAAAAGGCCUGGACACUUCGGCCCCGCUUUCGGAUUACUUCAUAUCAUCCAGUCACAAUACUUACCUGACCGGAAAUCAGCUGUAUAGCGAUGCUGCUGCGAGCGCAUAUACCUCUGUUCUUCUCAGGGGCUGUCGGUCUGUUGAGAUUGACGUAUGGGACGGGGAAUCAGACACACCCAGCUCCAGCGAUGACGAAGCCAGUAGCGACAGUGAUAGCAGCGACUCUGAAGCUGAUGAAAAGAGUCAAAGCACGUCGAAAGACAAAAUAAAGAGUACCACGAAGCAGGACAAGUCUGACAAACCGCCGAAAGAAUCGGUCACGUCCAGAUUGGAAGCCAAGUUGGGAUCGGUCCUGCGUCGCAGGUCGGCAAAGAAACGGGCGCAGCCCGUUCAGGGAGACGCUGCUACUAGUCAGAUGCCCAUACGAGCUGAGCCCCGUGUUUUGCAUGGACAUACCCUUACCAAAGGAGCUACUUUCCGCGAUAUCUGCUAUGCAAUCCGAGACAAUGCUUUCGUCGCCAGCGAUCUCCCGGUUGUGAUCAGUCUGGAGGUCCAUGCCUGCCUUGAGCAGCAGCAAAUGAUGGUGGAUAUCAUGAAAGAAGCCUGGAAGGGCAUGUUGGUUGAAACCCAACCAGCUGAUGGCAAACUUCCUUCUCUUGCCGAUUUGAAACGGAAGAUCCUGAUCAAGACCAAAGGUCUUCCUCUCAAUGGUGAUGAUGCAAACACCGAGUCGGAAGAGACUCUGACGCCACAGAACUCUAAGGAACACUCUUCGGGGCAGCAACCGCCGAAACCGUCAAAGGUGCUCGGGGCCCUAGCCGAUUUGGCUGUGUAUACUCGGGCUUAUCAUUUCAGCCACUUCGAUCAACCAGAGGCCAAGGUUCCAGUCCAUGUCUUCUCUUUGUCCGAGAAGGCAGCGCGCGAAGCUCACAUCAAUAACCACGAUGCGUUGUUCGAGCACAAUCGCACGUCCCUGAUGCGUAUCUAUCCCUAUGCAUUCAGGGUCACCUCUUCUAAUCUCGAUCCGACCUUCUACUGGCGUCGCGGUGCCCAAUUGGUAGCUCUGAACUGGCAAAGCCUUGACAAGGGCAUGAUGCUCAAUCAUGGCAUGUUCGUAGGAUCGCACGGCUGGCGCCUCAAGCCUACCGGUUUCCGGCGCAGCGAUCACGAGACGAAUUCCAUCGAGCGCCGCAACUUACUUCUGUCACUUGAGAUAUACGCAGCCCAAGACCUAUCCUUGCCAUUAGGCGAUCACAGCGAAAAGGGGUUCCGCCCCUAUGUUACCUGUCAGCUACAUGUCGAGGAGCCGGAGGGCGAAGUAGCCCCUGACAGGGAUGACGCAAGCUCGGAUACCGAGAAAACGAGCUACAAGCGAUGCACAAAGAGCUCCUCGGGGAGGAACCCGGACUUCGAGUGCCAGAAAUUGGAGUUCCCACUAGUGACUGGGAUUGUUGAGGACUUGAGUUUUCUGAGGUUCAAAAUCAAAGAUGACGAAAUCGGUCGCGAUCCGCUGGCUGCAUGGGCUUGCAUUCGACUUGAUCGACUGCGCGAGGGCUAUCGGCUGGUCCACCUUCAUGAUUGCUCUGGUGAGAAGACAGGCGGCGUGCUACUGGUAAAGGUCGAGAAGCAGAUUACCUGA